GAUGGCGCGGUCAGAGCGUGAUGUCAUCGACUUCUCAGCGCUGGAGAGAGAGCUGCAGACUGCAGUCGAGUCAGAGCGGAAACAUCAGAGAGAGAACGACGCCAAACUGAGAGCCGUCAGCCAGGGAGUCCCCUCCUACAGCCAGUUCAGGGAGCUGGUCCUGUCCUGCCACCUAAAGCCUCUGGACAAGAAAGACAAAGACGGAGCACCGCGGAAACAGCCCUGGAACCCAGUCGUCCUCGGCAACAAGUGAUGUCUGGUCGCCCUGGACAACAGUUGAUGUCUGGUCGCCCUGGACAACAGUUGAUGUCUGGUCGCCCCAGGCAACAAGUGAUGUCUGGUCGCGGCACGCAACAAGUGAUGUCUGGUUGCCCUGGACAAGAAACUUUUAUAUUUGAUAAGAUAAUUUUGAUUUUAAUAAAAUAAUAACUUCACACUCUGCA